AUGGAGCCAGGCUUCGGCGCCGGGAACCCGGUGAAGGGCAAGAAGAAGAAGUACGUGGAUCACUCGGUGGAAGAGCUGGAUGUGGUUUUCGGCAUUGGCAACGGGCCUCAGGGCUGCUCGGUGCGAGAAGGCAUUGUCCUGGCGGGGGACGUAGAAGAGUUCCAGGUGCUCCGAUUGACGGAGUGGCCUACUGUCUCCCCGGCAAAAACAAUUGACGGCGAGAGGUGGCGCAGGGCUCCGAAGUCCAUCGUGCCAGGCAGCGGCGCGCGUCUAAAGCAGGCGAUGGCAUGCGUGCUGGGCAUCGCUUCAGGCAUCCUCGCCCUUUUUGAUGUGGACGGGACACUGACGGAGCCACGGAAAUUGGUGUCCCCGGAGACGCUGACUUAUCUGCAGGAGCUGCGGACAAAGAUCUGCAUCGGCGUCGUGGGGGGCUCCGAUCUUGUGAAGCAAAAGGAGCAGCUCGGCGACAGCCCAGCUCUGUUUGACUACGCCUUCUCUGAGAAUGGCCUGCUAGCGUUUAAGGACGGCCAGAAGAUCGGCGAGACAUCCAUCAAGGAUCAUCUCGGCGAGGAGAAGCUGAAGAAGCUGAUCAACUGGGUGCUGAGAUACUUCGCGGACCUAGACAUUCCGGUGAAGCGCGGCACCUUUGUGGAGUUCCGACAGGGUAUGAUGAACCUCUCCCCCAUUGGCCGAAACUGCAGCCGGGAAGAGCGCAACGAGUUCGAGAAGUUCGACCUGGCCAAUGGCAUUAGGAAGACCAUGGUCAAGAAGAUGACCGAGGAGUUUGCAGACCUCGGCCUCACUUACUCCAUAGGCGGCCAGAUCUCCUUCGACGUUUUCCCGACUGGCUGGGACAAGACCUACUGCCUGCGGUACCUCCCGGAGGCCGAGUUCGAUGAGAUCCAUUUCUUCGGCGACAAGACGCGGGGAUGCCAAGUUCGAGACCGGUUUCCUGGGACGAAAAGACGAGCCUCGAUAAGAUGGCGGGGGUCCUUUUUCCGGUUGAAAUGGUGGGCCCGGGGGUCCUUUUGUUUCCGGUUGAAAUGGUGGCAUUGCUUUCGUUUCCGGUUGAACUUCCAACCAAAAGGGGGCCGUCCGCCAUGUAAGGAGAAACCACCUGGAGGUUUGAUCGGCGAGCUCACCUAG